UCAGUCAGUAGGUUCCGGGUCCGGUGACUCGCGUGACUGCACCGCCGGGCGCGAGGACGGAGGAUCUGACCUGUUGGCUUUGGAGAGAAGUUCCCACAGCCGUGGCGCCCAUGGCGGGCGAGGGACUCGCGCAACAGGGCGGAAUGGUCACCGGAGCACCGGAGACCCGAGAGCACCUCUUUAAGGUGCUGGUCAUCGGCGAGCUCGGUGUGGGCAAGACGAGCAUCAUCAAGCGCUACGUUCACCAGCUCUUCUCCCAGCACUACCGCGCCACCAUUGGCGUAGACUUCGCCCUCAAAGUCUUAAACUGGGACAGCAGAACGCUCGUGCGCCUGCAGCUGUGGGACAUCGCGGGACAGGAGCGGUUUGGAAACAUGACCCGAGUAUACUACAAGGAAGCUCUUGGAGCAUUCAUAGUCUUUGACGUAUCGAGAAGUUCCACAUUUGAUGCAGUUCUAAAAUGGAAAAACGAUCUGGAUAGUAAAGUUCAUCUUCCCAACGGUAGCCGCAUUCCUGCUGUCCUGCUAGCUAACAAAUGUGACCAGAAGAAGGACAGCAGCCAGAGUCCUUCCCAGAUGGACCAGUUCUGUAAAGACCAUGGCUUCACUGGAUGGUUUGAAACCUCUGCCAAGGAUAAUAUAAACAUCGAUGAGGCAACCCGCUUCCUAGUGGAAAACAUGCUUUCAAACCAGCAAAGUAUUCCUUGCGAUGAAAUCGACAUGGACAAAAUCAAACUGGUGGAGGAGCCCGUUAUAACAAAGCCCAGGUCCCAGUGCUGCUGAUGUGCCUCUGUGCCCCGUAUUCUGUCUCCUUGGUCCUGCGUGAGUCUGAGGAUGCCCCUACCCAAUGCUGGGUACCAUCAUCUCCUGUGAAUCUCCCUCAGGAGCACUUUACCAUCCAUCUGCACAGGAACUGCCCACCUGAAGCUGGAGAUCUGUGGAGAACUGUUCCACGAGAGGCCCUGUGAUUUCACCAGUCUUCCUCCGGCUCUUUUUGUACUGCCAGAUGCAGACUAAUGUUUACAGCCUUUGAAAUAUUUUUGUAUAUGAAUUUCAAGGGUUAGCUUUUAGUGUGAAUACUAGGUAAGGGAUUAGAAAAACUUCCCUCCCCAUGGUGAUCCUGACAUUUUGAGUGACUUUGUUCCUGUAUACAACCUCACCUAAGCACAGUUUUUUAAAAGAUGUUAGCCACAAAGAUUUGAAGGUCCCACACAGUUAUAUCCCAGUCAAAACUUUGUACAUGCGUCAUGUAAAACCUUCAUCCUUAAAUAACGUGAUUCUAGAACGCAGAGCUGUUGUGUAAGGAAGUCACUCUGAAUCAAUCACCUUAAGAACCCCUUCUUUAAUUAGUCAAGACAUACUGAGCUGGCGAUGGAGCUCGUUUCUAUAAAAUGCUUACCUAGAAUGUGAGAGACUCUGGAACUCCAGUUCUGAGAUCAAAGAAAGGUUAGUACCAUACCUGUUUUAUGGGUGUCUCCCUCUGGAUCCUCUCUAGGGGUAGCUGCCACUACCACUUGGAAACAGUAUAAAGGAACAUUUUUCUCCUCUUCCCUGUAUUCUGUGUUUAUAGCCUAGAGCCACAUUGAAAAUACAGUGGUACUAAGAGGAACUUGUCUUUCCAGAUCUGUCAUGGUAAUAAUGGUCAGAAGGAGAAUUCUUUUUCAAAGCAUACGCAAUUACAUCCAAUUUUCUGUAGUGUGAAACCUGAAAGAAAGUAGGCCAUGUAUAGUUUUGUCUAUGGUUUUGGAUACUGGUUGUAUAAGGCCUAGGACACCUAGGAAGAUCCAAUAUAUUGUAUUGCCCUUAAGUCAGCGAAAGAAAGGAAUAAAUAUUUUAACCUAAGCCUGUGUAUUGAAUGAAUAGAUCUAGGAAGGUACUUUUGGUUCUCAUGCAGGAGACAGAGGCAAAGGGUAGGAGUCCAUGGCAUAUCUUGGCUACACAGGAAGCUCAAGGACUGCCUGUGCUACACAAAAGGGUUUCUCCAAAAAAUAAAUAAAAAAAUGUUUUCUGUUGAAUUUUAGAUUUAGUUACUUUAUGCAUGUGCUUUUAUCUUCAUCUGCUCCUAUGUGUCGUGUAUGUACCUAGUGCCUGUGGAGAUCAGAAGAGGGCAUUAGAUUCUCUAGAACUGGCGUUACAGAUGGUUGUGGCCCACCAUACUGAUCAUGGGAGCCAGACUCACAACCUCUGCAAGAGCAACAAGUAUUUUUAAUCACUGGGUCAUCUCUCCAGCACCUUGAUUUUUUAUUUAUAAGGGGCUUAUAUUAUGCAAAAGUUCAGCUUCUUAAAGGAAAUUUAAAGAACAUUUGUAUCAUAGCUUAAAGCUAACAACAGCAUAAAAUACUGGACAUACUUGUCUCCUGAAUCAUGGUGACAAGGUAGGUGAGAAUGCAGCCACUAAUAACAAGAUAAAGAAGGACUCACAGACUCUCUUUUCAUUAAACUUAAGCCUCACCUAGCAACAUAAGUGUGGCUAUAUGCUAUAUAUUUAAGCAAAGAAGUUAUCUUAACCCACUGGCUAUGUGAUCAUAAAGCCAGAUUUUCUGAAGUGAAGGAAUGGAAUAUCAGGGCUUGAUUAAAGUGUAUAAUAUAAUAUGAUCCCUAUGGUUUUGUCAUUUAUUAAAUCUUCUUUCUAAGAAAUCUAUAUAACCCAAGCAUAAAAUACAGCUUUGUAAUGUGUCUGAUAUCUCAGAUCCUGUGAAGAAUGUUUUGGAUGUUAUCACCCCAGAUGUUGGAAACACUGAGUCCAUCCUCAAUUACUAUUGAAAGUUAGUACAGUCACUCGGAAGCUCUUGUGUGCAAAGGGAUUUGGGUUUACAAGUAACCUAUCACCUGUGAGCUCAUUUAGCGAUGGUCUCCAAAGGAGAAUUAGUAUACUCAAUUUUUCCAUCUUUACAAUGUGUGUCAACUCCCAGUAAUCAUUCAGGACAGUUUCUGGUAAAACCAAUUUCUGCUAUGUCAAGUAGCGUGGUUCAUGCUUUGUACUGUUGACACUUCAGAGAGAAAAAUGUUCAUCUUUUGCCUUAAUCUUAACCUCUUCUGUUUGUAACUUGAACACAAAAUUGUAAUUGAGGGUAAAUCAUAUAAAAGGUACUAAAUGAAAGAAAAGCACUCUUUGUUCCCUCAUUCACUUUUAAAAGCAGUUAUACAUUUAAACAUACACCCUAGUUCAGAUACUGGUGUAAAUUAACCAGUUAAAAGGUUGUGUGUGUGUGUGUGUGUGUGUGUGUGUGUGUGUUAUCACUACCUAUAUUGGUCUUAGACAUCAAAAUGUUGCCAAUUUUCCUGUCAUCUAUGUGCAGGUCCUGAAACCCCAAAAUGUUUCUAAAAGUGAUCAAUGUGUAACACUAUGACUUUCCAAUGUGUAGUUUCAUUUAUUUCAGUACGUCUAAGGAACAUUUAAAUUCCUUAAUAAAAUUUCUCAAACCUCA